AUGCAAAUGACGAGUCAAAGAAAAAAAGUAAGUAUUCGCCAAUUGGAACUCUUAAUAGAAUUUUUAGAAAAACACACAGACUUAGCCCGAGGCCGUUUGAAAUCAAAGGAAGGACACGCGGUUUCAAAUCGGCUUUGGGCAGAAUGUGCCGAAAAUUUAAAUGCGGAGAUAGAUGGAGAUGAACGCUCUCCUAAACAAUGGACCAAGUGGUAUACAGACUACAAAUGUAGGCUAAUAAAUAGAUUUAGAAAAUUAAAAACUUAUCAAACUGGGACUGGUGGAGGACCAGCCACAGUAGACCAACUAUCUCCCUUAGAGGACCGCUUGGUUUCUCUUUUGGAGGCUAGAAGGGAAGCUGUUGGCCUUGACGGUACUCCCCAGUCUGUAGUACAGAUAAACCCAGUACCACUUGAAUGUAAACGCUCUUUGGAACUCUCCCAAGUGACAACAGACCAAUUGCAUGAUGACCAUCAUAUAUUAAACAUGGUUAUCUGUGAAGAGCAAGUUAAUAAUGAAGGAAGUCAAGAGGAACCAAACCAAGCGCCAAGUCUUCCUAGGUCUCGCCGUAAGCGUACUCGGCACAAUCGAGAUACCAUUCCUACUGAAUUAGAGAGCAGUAGGAAUUCCUUGGAAAAAAUUGAGGAAUCGAGAAUAGAAGUGGAGAGAAUGGUGGCAUCAGCCUAUAAUAAAAUGGCUGAUGCUGUUAAAUUAAUGGCUAAAGCAACGGCAAAAUCGGCCGAAGCGAACUCUAGAAUCGCAGAUUCUAUAGAAAAAUUAACAACACGUAUUUAUUUAUAG